AUGCAGCGCUGCUUCUGCGCCCUGCUCCUGCUGGCGUCCCAGUGCAUGGGCUCGGCCGCCGGGCUCUUCCCCUUCGGGGAGCCCGACUUCUCUUACAAGCGUUCCAACUGCAAGCCCAUCCCCGCCCCGAUGCUGCUGUGCCGGGGCAUCGAGUACCAGAGCAUGCGGCUGCCCAACCUGCUGGGGCAUGAGACGGUGCAGGAGGUGCUGGAGCAAGCGUCCACCUGGAUCCCGCUGGUGCAGAAGCAGUGCCACCCCGACACCAGGAAGUUCCUCUGCUCCCUCUUUGCCCCCGUCUGCAUCGACGACCUGGACGAGAUCAUCCAGCCCUGCCACUCGCUCUGCGAGGAGGUGAAGGAGAGCUGCGCCCCGGUGAUGUCCGCUUUCGGCUUCCCCUGGCCCGACAUGCUGGACUGCAGCCGCUUCCCCAAGGACAACGACCUUUGCAUCCCGCUGGCCAGUAGCGACCACAUCCUCCCCGUCACCAGGGAAGCACCCAAGGUCUGUGAUGCCUGCAAAAACAAAAAUGAAGAUGAUAAUGACAUCGUGGAAAACCUCUGCAAAAACGACUUUGCCUUGAAGAUAAAAGUGAAGGAGAUUGCCUACAUCAAUGGAGAUACCAAGAUCACCCCUGAAACAAAGAGCAAAACCAUCUACAAGCUGAAUGGACUAACAGAAAGAGAUCUGAGGAAGAUAGUGCUCUGGCUCAAAGGUGGCCUCCAGUGUACCUGUGAUGAGAUGAAUGAUAUCAACGUUCCCUACUUGGUGAUGGGGCAGAAGCAAGCUGGGGAACUUGUGAUCACUUCGCUGAAGCGGUGGCAGAAAGGGCAGCGGGCUUUCAAGCGGUUCUCCCGCAGUAUCCGCAAACUGCAGUGUUAG